GCUUUUCAUUUUCCCUUCAUUCAUUCUCGACAAUGUUCGCGAAUUUUUAAAUCCCGCGGCGUCACGUGCUUCUCUUUUUUUUCACGUAGAGAUCAGAUUUCACAAUUAAAUCUGUAUUGAUAUAUCUCUUCGCGUUUAAAAAGAGAUACCUGUUUCUAUGAAUUUUAGAUUUUAAUUAUUCGAUCGAGAAAUUUCUUUACGCGAUUAAUCGUUGGAGACCGUAAUGUAUGCAAACGGGUAACUUUUGCGUAAGAAAUAAAAAAAAUCUAUCUAGCGAGAUCGCCGUGAUUAUUGCAAGACGAUAAAAAGGAAAUCCGAGGAAAUUACAAGGUUGCAUCGGCGUGAUCAUGAUUUUGCGAACCUGUCUUUGCCUCAAUCUCUUGACGGUUUCGGCACUAUGUUUGACAGCGGAUGAAAUCGAGGCCCAGAGAAGCGGCUGGAAUCUAAAUCCCAACACUCAGUAUCAUAUUCAGACCGAUGAGGGCCCAGAAAGAUUCUUUCGUUUCCAGACAUCGAACGGUCAGUACAGAAAAGAAAAGAGAUUGGCUGAUGGCACGGUGAUCGGAACAGAAGGCUGGCUGGACCCUCUCGGAUAUUUACGACUGAAGGAUUAUAUCGCCGAUCACGAGGGAUUCCGGAUACUAAGAUCAAAAAUGGUUUAUGUGGGUAAGGAUCGACCCAUCCAGGACGCAGUGGCGGAAACAAAGAAAAUUCCAGCACAGACUGGAGUUCUUGCAAGACCCAGAAGACCGCCUAAUCCUUUCAGGCGACCAGAUUCUAAUGCCAUUGUACCUUUAUCGGGUAAUGACAUUACCUCCGGUUAUUAUACUCCGACGACUAUCAGACCUCGACCGAUCUACUCAUCGAUAUCAGGCAAUAAUUAUUAUUCGAAUCGACCAGGUUACUCUUCCGAAUCUGGAUUGCAGAAUCUGGAUACUCAUCGUCGACCACAGACUUACUAUCGCGGAUCAGUCGCUCGUCCACCGACUCAGCUCCUCGAAGCUCCUUACGAUCCUGCUGUCGGAUCCUCCAGUAAACCAAGCUACUCUCCAAUUUCCCGAAGUGAUACGGCCGAUUUCCCGCCAUAUGAUGGCACUUAUACCACGGCAAACGGUUUCCAAUAUUACCUGAGGAGGCAAUAUCACGAAGAGGGACGAGAGCCCGAUGGCAACAACGUUGGUUCGUUCGGUUACAUCGAUCCUUUCGGUAUCAGACGGGUGAUUUAUUACAAGACAGAUCCACUCACCGGCGGAUUUCUCCACAAGAAGAACAAUCGAUACGUCGGCUUCAAUGCAACUCCGUACGAUCCGCUUCCGCCCGAUCUAUCCAGAACACGCGUCUCGAGAACCUCUUCAAGAGCCCCCUCGUCAUAAUAGUUCCCUCGUUGUUCAAUCGCUUUGUCACGUUGUAGCACGACGUUUAUCGCGAGGAAUUCAUCGCAUCCGAUACUACAUCGACGCUGAAUUUCACCAACGCUGGACGGCCUCGGUUCGACUCGAGACCGUUCAUCGGACGGAACUGCCGCCUUGUCGAUGUUCUCUGAAGAAGUUCUCGUUGGUCGCCUAUUUUCCGACCGCGAUAGAAUCGACGAAUAUUGAAGGGAAGAAGAACGAUAAAUAGAGUCUCUUGAAUAGACGUGGAGACGUUCUAUGUUCCAUGAGAAAGAAUAAUGUUCCUCGACAGAGAAUUCUGGUUUACCAACGUUGCUUAUAUAAUAUUUUUCGAAGUGCCACGAUUUUUUUUGUCCGACCUACGACUCCGUUGUGUCAUCUCUGCCAACGGUUGCCAGUAUUAUCCGAAAUAAUAUAGAUUUACGAGGAAUGCGAGGAUCGAUGGAAUCAGGAGACGAUCGAGAUGCAGUGUGGAGGAAAGCGUAGAUUGCAUAAAGAGAAGCGAGAUAUAAACACAAGGAGUUAUCGAGAACCUCGCGGCGGCGGCUCAUCACUUCCUGAUUCAUCGUUCUGCUAUUGUUGCGUUAUUAUCGCGAGCAGAUGAUCGGAUACCGCCAAGAGACAACGUUAGAUGCCAUGCUGGACUAGAUUUAGUUUUCAGGGAAGCGCGGUGGGACUUUCUUGAAAGAAAGAAAAUCGUCUCGGACAAUGUUCGCCAACUUUUCCAGUUGCAUCAUUGAUCUGUGAAACGUGCGAAGACUCGGUCACCAUUGUCUUGCGCAUAAGCUUCAUACGUAUAAGCUUCAGUAGCCUAGAUUUUCACACAGAGAGAUACCUUAGAAAGUUUAUUCUCAUUCAUCCAAGACAUUGUUAAAGUAGUACAUAAUUUUUUAUGGCAGAGGAUUUUUAAGGAAACUUUUUUUUCUGUUCGAAUGGAGUGUCUUUAAAUCCUAAUUUCUCUUUUACCUUCUUCCAAUGUUGGCGAAUAUUGAACUGCGAUCGAGAAGAAUUCCACCUAACAAAUCAAAAUAGAAUAGGUCGGCACUUUGGCGUGAGCGGAUCAUACGUUAAUCCUACAAUGUGUUAUCUUUUUUUAUUUACUAGCGAGGCAUUUUACCUUUUAAAACCAGGUUAAAAGUUAUACACAAGUAUGUAUUAUCGCGUCUCGCAUCGUAGGAUUAACCCAGCGUCGCAGAUUCAGAAAAAUCUUGAUAGCUUCUACCUUCUAUUCUGCUGACGCUAACGUAAUUUCCUUGCUAGUUUAAUGCGUGCGUUUGAAUAUUUCUACGUACUAAUUAAUCUGCUGCCGUUUAAAGUAUCCGCUCGUGCCAAACGAGGAAUAAACGCGUAGCAUUAAUCGAUAGAGUUAAUCGUUAAAUAUAAACCUCAUUAAGUCGCGACAAUGGUGCUGAUUGUUAGGUAAAAGCGGAUGCAUCGCUUUUACACUUUCCGUUCUUUUAUGGCGAUGAGAACCGUGCCGUUCCGCUCUGUGCAUGUAGUUAAUUGCGAUUUUCGGAUUAUAAAAUCUCUCGCGAGCGACAUUAUCAUCGACACAUCUGUCUGGAGAUUAAGGAACACGAUUUGUACGUAAGAUAUCGUGCUUAACUUAUUUCAUAAUAAAUGCGAGAGCGAAUAAUCGCUUGCGCACGAGUACAUGUGAUAUGAAAUAGAAUUUUACGAAGAUCGAAUAAAUAAAAAACUAUUUAA